AUGUCUGGUCGCGGGAAGGGCGGUAAAGGCUUGGGAAAAGGUGGCGCUAAGCGACAUAGGAAAGUUUUAAGAGAUAACAUCCAGGGGAUUACGAAGCCUGCUAUUCGUCGUUUGGCGCGCCGCGGCGGCGUUAAACGCAUCUCUGGUCUCAUUUAUGAGGAGACGCGCGGUGUUCUGAAAGUGUUCUUGGAGAAUGUAAUUCGGGACGCCGUUACUUACACAGAGCAUGCCAAGCGCAAGACGGUUACUGCCAUGGAUGUAGUCUACGCCCUGAAGCGUCAGGGCCGCACACUCUACGGCUUUGGUGGCUGA